ACCCACGAAGCAGACCCUGGCCUGACUCUUGUCGGAAUUCUGAGUUGGCAAGGAACGUAGAUCCGUGCCUGGAGUCGCGGCGUUUCCAGGCAAACUUCCAGGCAGGUGAGACGGCUCUCAGUUCGUAGGGCCCUCCCCCGCUCCAGGCUGAGAGAGAAGUCUGCCUGUGAUUCGCUGGAAAGUUUUCUGCCAAACUGGUAACGCGCCCUUUUGGGGGACACUCCCGGGCCGCACACUCUACCCGACCUGGGGCUCAAAGUGGCGACCCUGAAAGCGUCCGGGAGACCCGAGAGUGGGAAGCUGGCCGAGGGAGUGAGCUGAGAGGCUGGGAAAACCUCGCUUCCUUCCUCCUUCCCUCCUCCGCCCGACACUGGGCUGGGCGACCCGGAGCUGCUGGUGGAGAAAAGGCGGCCGUCCGCGCGCGCACAGGAAGGGCUUGGCGCCGGGCCUCCUCUCCUGGGAGUUCUUGUUUGGUUUUCCUUCCCCCGCCACAGGCCAGGCUGCCUUGACCACUUCCAGAUGGCCCAAGACUGGGGCCAGAGAUCUGACAGACCUCUCAUCAUCCGCCCGGUCCACGCGGGAUGCCUGGCAUUUGAAGAGAGCCAUCGCCUGAGCAUCUGCUGAGGAUUCCUUUUACUGUGGCAUUGGAGAGUUUCUUUGGUACGAGGAAGGCGUGUCUGUCGCCACUACGGCUUUGUAAUUUCCUCUUCUAUCUUUGAGCCGGGUCUUGCCCCUUUCUGCUGCCAUGAUGGCCCAGUCCAAGGCCAACGGCUCACACUACGCGCUGACGGCCAUCGGCCUGGGGAUGCUGGUCCUCGGCGUCAUCAUGGCCAUGUGGAACCUGGUCCCUGGUUUCAGCGCUGCAGAUAAGCCAACAGCUCAGGGCAACAAGACAGAGGGAGGCAGUGGCAUCCUCAAGAGCAAGACUUUCUCGGUGGCCUACGUGCUGGUCGGCGCGGGCGUGAUGCUGCUGCUGCUGUCCAUCUGCCUGAGCAUCCGGGACAGGAGGAAGCUGCGGCAGAGCGAGGAACUGGCCCAUAUCCAGCAGCAGGCGGGAGCUGUGCCUCCCACGCAGGAGGAAGACAGCCAGGAGGAGGAGGAGGAGGCCUCCUCACGGUACUACGUCCCCAGCUACGAGGAAGUGAUGAACACAGGCUACUCAGAAGCCAGAGGACAGGAGCAGAACCCCAGACUAAGUAUCUCUCUCCCCUCCUAUGAGUCACUGACUGGACUCGACGAGACGACCCCCACGAACACCAGGGCGGAGACGGAGGCCAGCCCGGGGCAUGUUCCCGACAGGCAAAACUCCAAACUGGCCAAACGCCUGAAACCACUGAAAGUUCGAAGAAUUAAAUCUGAAAAGCUUCACCUCAAAGACUUCAGGAUCAACCUACCAGAAAAGAACGUCCCUCCUCCCUCUAUCGAGCCUUUGACUCCUCCGCCACAGUACGAUGAGGUCCAGGCGAAGGCCCCCGAUGCCCGGCCUCCCGACUGAGUGACCCUGCUGACAUCACUCCCUCCUGUCUCACCCUCCACACCGACAGACUGCGCAGAAGCCACUUCAGCCAGAGAGGGGUCAGGACACACUUAGCCACUGUGAUGGGGAUUCUGGGUAGAGGGAGUUACUAAAGACGGUUCGCAGAGCCUCACGUAGCGGGAGCGCCGGAGGGAUGCUGAGGGCUUGUGAUACUGUGGACCACAACAAGGUGUGUGGCCUUGGCAAUCCCCUCCCAUCUUCCUUCCCAACUCGGGACCGCUGGCGACGCACUCCUCUUGUGAGCUGGGACAGGAUCCCUGGCGACCGGUGUAGACCGAGGUUGUCUCCUUUAGCUUUCCACCACAGCUGCUGUGUUUCAAAAAGAAACCAAGUGUUUUGCUUGCUUUCUUCACUGGAGCCUUCAACAGGCGGGGAAUCGGCUCAGCUUUGACGAAAAGGACACACAACUGUCUUCUGAAUACAAUGAGAACAUGUGGGGGUGAGUUGUCCGGGAGGCCUCUAGGGGGCGCUGGUGCUGUCGGUUCUUUGAGGGUCCAAGGCCUGACGACCUUCAGCAUGUGACGUGCGAGGUGGUGUCUGAAUCGGUACACUGGUCUCCCGUGGCAAGAGAGGAAAAGCCGCUGUUGGUGUCUUCUCGGAGGUCACGCGGCUGGGUGUUUUAUAAAUAAAGUGUUUUAUAUGUAGCACACCUGACCAUCGA